GGGCGGGCACAGUGUAGGGUUACAGUCCAUUUAUGGGCGCAGCAAGGGCAGAUAUCAGUGUCGAUGGCAUUCGCUCCCAGCUAUUCUUAGGAGCCUCCCAGGAGCUCUGCACAGCCUGUCUAGGCAGCAAGGGGCAGAGCAGAGGCAGCCACUAUCAGCACCAGCAUGUCUUACAGUGUGACUCUGACCGGGCCCGGGCCCUGGGGCUUCCGUCUGCAGGGAGGCAAGGACUUCAACAUGCCCCUCACUAUCUCCAGGAUCACACCAGGUAGCAAGGCAGCCCAGUCCCAGCUCAGCCAAGGUGACCUUGUGGUGGCCAUCGAUGGCGUCAACACAGACACUAUGACCCACCUGGAAGCCCAGAACAAGAUCAAGGCUGCCAGCUACAACCUGAGCCUCACCCUGCAGAAGUCAAAGCGUCCUGUUGCCAUCUCCACAACUGCACCCCCCGUCCAGUCCCCUCUGCCGGUGAUCCCUCACCAGAAGGUGGUAGCCAACUCUCCAGCCAACGCCGACUACCAGGAACGCUUCAACCCCAGUGCUCUGAAGGACUCGGCCCUGUCCACUCACAAGCCCAUUGAGGUGAAGGGGCUGGGUGGCAAGGCCACCAUCAUCCAUGCACAGUACAACACGCCCAUCAGCAUGUACUCCCAGGAUGCCAUCAUGGACGCCAUUGCUGGGCAGGCCCAAGCCCAGGGCAGUGACUUCAGUGGGGCGUCGCCGCUGGCGAGCCUUCCUGUGAAAGACCUUGCUGUGGACAGCGCCUCUCCAGUAUACCAGGCUGUGAUUAAGAACCAGAACAAGCCAGAAGACGAGGCUGAUGAGUGGGCCCGCCGUUCCUCCAACCUGCAGUCUCGCUCCUUCCGCAUCCUGGCCCAGAUGACAGGGACGGAAUACAUGCAAGACCCUGAUGAAGAAGCUCUGCGAAGAUCAAGCACCCCUAUUGAGCAUGCUCCAGUGUGCACCAGCCAGGCCUCCACCCCGCUGCUGCCCGCUUCUGCCCAGCCGCCUGCUGCCGCCUCUCCUAGGGCAGCCUCGCCACCCCUGGCCACAGCUACUGCCCAUGCUGCCACCGCCUCUGCUGCAGCCCCUACCUCGAUCCCUGCGGACAGUCCAAGACCCCAGGCCUCUACCUGCAGCCCUGCAGCAGCUACCUCUCCAGCACCAACUGCCCAUACGAGCUACAGUGAGGGUCCAGCUGCCCCUGCACCCAAGCCCCGAGUUGUCACCACUGCCAGCAUCCGGCCUUCUGUCUACCAACCAGUGCCUGCAUCUACCUACAGCCCAUCCCCAGGGGCCAAUUACACUCCAACUCCUUACACCCCCUCUCCUACCCCAGCCUAUACCCCUUCACCUGCCCCUACUUACACCCCUUCACCUGCUCCCACCUAUUCCCCCUCUCCUGCUCCAGCCUAUACCCCUUCACCUGCCCCAAACUAUAACCCCACACCCUCAGCGGCCUAUAGCGGGGGCCCAGCAGAGUCUGCCAGCCGUCCCCCCUGGGUGACAGAUGACAACUUCUCUCAGAAGUUUGCUCCUGGCAAGAGUACUACGUCUAUUAGCAAGCAGACCCUGCCCCGGGGUGCCCCAGCCUAUACUCCGACAGGUCCCCAAGUGACCCCCCUUGCCAGAGGUACCGUCCAGAGAGCUGAGCGCUUCCCAGCCAGCAGCCGAACUCCACUGUGUGGCCACUGCAACAACGUCAUCAGGGGUCCUUUUCUGGUAGCCAUGGGCCGCUCCUGGCACCCAGAAGAGUUCAACUGUGCCUACUGCAAGACCUCCUUGGCAGAUAUGUGCUUUGUGGAGGAGCAGAACAAUGUUUACUGUGAGCGGUGUUAUGAGCAGUUCUUUGCCCCACUCUGUGCCAAGUGCAACACCAAAAUCAUGGGGGAAGUGAUGCAUGCCCUGAGGCAGACAUGGCACACCACCUGCUUUGUCUGUGCAGCCUGCAAGAAGCCUUUUGGGAACAGUCUCUUCCACAUGGAAGAUGGAGAGCCCUAUUGUGAGAAAGACUACGUCAACCUGUUCAGCACCAAGUGUCAUGGUUGUGAUUUCCCCGUGGAAGCUGGUGACAAGUUUAUUGAAGCCCUGGGGCAUACCUGGCAUGACACCUGCUUCAUUUGUGCGGUCUGCCAUGUGAAUCUGGAAGGGCAGCCAUUCUACUCCAAGAAGGACAAGCCCCUGUGCAAGAAGCACGCACAUGCCGUCAAUGUGUAGGGAGCCAAGGGUGUCUGGUGCAGACGAGGCCCCAGGCUGCUCCUGCUGCUGGCAACGAAGGAUUCGAGGAGGCUGAUAUUUCUUUUGGGGGAAAAGGGGGAAGAGAGGAAGCAAUUGAGCUCUUUUGAAGUAUAAUUUUAGUCUUUUCUUCUGUACACAUAUCGUGUAUUUGCAUAGCUCAGACUAGAAGCCAAAUGAAGAUUCUAAACCAAGCUAGUAAUUAAUCCAAGACUGGAAUUGCACUUCAAACGUUUAAGACAGGAUUCCAAGAACUCAAAAGUGAAAAAUGAAAAGCAGCUUUCCCAAAGUGAUACACCUCCCUGCUGUCAUUGGAGCAGGGACAGAGCUCAGAGCAGUCAUGGAGAAUCCGAAGCAUUCUGUGUUCUGUAGAGCUCCUCUGGCAAACAAAACGAAGUGCCAAACAGUGCUUGCUGMAGGGUAUUUUUAGAGCCAUAACUGAGAGCUUGUUAGCUAAGACCAAUUGGGCUUUCCUCGCCAAAAAAGGAAGUGUUAUUCCAUUACUAGCGUCAUGGAGCUACCUCUGCACAUCAGACUUCAGGCCGUGAACAAACUUGAAAUGUCUAAAARGAGCCCAGAUGUCGGAAGAGGUGUCUUCUGGGAGCCACUGGGCGGUUGACAAGGCUCCAGGAAGAGCUCUGGUUCAUGUUGCUAACAGCCAAGAAGGAUGGGCCCUUCAGCUCCCCUCUUUCAGUUUGAAAUAUCCCGUGUCCCUGGAAGGCUUAGCUCCUUUUUGAAUUGUGAAGGAGAAGUGGAAUUGGGUUUUUCCAGUUUAGCUUUGUAGUGUAUGAGAGGAGAGUUUAAGAGAUUCUGGGUUGCGUUUGACCCUUGUUUUGCUUUAAGAGAUUCCUAAGCAUGAGUGUCCUCUGCAUGURUUUCACUCCCUACCUGCAACUGCUCACUUAUAAUGUCUUCCUCAGCACCCCCUAUCCCCCAAACAGGCUCCAUGGUCUGUGGAAAGAAAAGACAGUGUCUGACACAGGAUGGCAGAAUAGGCUAACACGCCCAAACUGUGGGUGGGGAAGAGGAACCUUACUUUCUGCCAACCUCAGUAAGAACACAUGAGCUGGCAGGAUCUUCAGGUCUGCACCAUCCUUUUCAUACAUAUAUUCCUUUAAAUGCAGCACACUGAUUAUGUACAGUCAUCUUGACGGCUGGGAGGAAAAGAAGGAUGUUUUGCUGUUUUGGCCAAUAUUUUCAGAAUGUAUAAGGUGUAUUGAUCUAGCAGUUAUUUAAGUAUUUAUUGAAAUAGACUUGAGCCUUUAAUUUCUUUGCAAUAUAGGUGAUAGUUUGAGUUAAGUAAUCAUUACUUAAAGCUGUUUGGCAAUAAAAUGAGAAGCUUUGUUUCUGAGGUUGGAGACCAAAUGCUCUCUUUCCUUUUUAGGAAACACUAUUAAGAUGUUCAUAGAAUAUGGCAUUGAAGCAAGCAGUUUGCAUGGAUAUUUUGGAUUGGAGCACAAUAUUUAGGCACUUUUCCUAUUCUCUGCUAAUGUCUCCUCACUCUUGUGUUGAAUUUUCUCUUUGCAYGUUUGAAAUGUUUUACAGAAAUACAUUAGGACUUUUUUUCUGCUGAGAACUUCCAGGGGACUGCUGUUCUACCAGAGUGUGUCUCUUCUCCCUGAGGGACAAUGAAGCAGCUGGCCAUGUCCCUAGCGGAAGCCCAUACUUUGUCCAAGUGUGAGGCCAUCGGCCCUUCCUGGCACCAUCAGGGAGGAACAUAAAUGUGCUCCUACCAGAGAGCACUUUUUUUUCUUUUGAUGCAGUAAAGAAAGUAAACACAAAGCACCAAGGAGAGUAAAUUUUGCUGGAACAGCCUGGAAAUUUUUCAGGAGAUGCAAACAAGUACCUUGGAGCAUUCUGUUAUUCUUGGAAAGUUCAAAUAUACAGGGACAAGAAGCUUGCUGACUACAUAGAAAGGCUCUAAGCAG